AUGUACCAGCAGAGGCAACAACAACAAAGGCGACAGCCUUUGCAACCCAAUGAGGAUGAUACGCAGGACCAGCAGAGAAAGCAGAAGCAUCUGGUGGAUCCAGGCACUUCCAUGGGCAGAUACAUGAUCAACAGGUCGUUAGGAAUAACAAAACAGCCGUUGGGCCAGAUGAGGCCACAGAUAUCAUUCCAUACUCAUCUUGGACCUGUCGGAUCAUAUGCAGCUGAUUCUUACAUUGAUUUGCCUACCAGAUUCGUACACUUGGCAAUGAACAAGUCGAGACAUGCAAUACAUGCCCUGAAAUGGACACCUGAUGCCAGAAGAGUCUUGGUGACAAGUCACAGUGGCGAAUUCACCCUAUGGAAUGGUCUAGCAUUCAAUUUUGAGUCCAUCAUGCAGGCUCAUGAUGGUGCGAUCUACGCAAUCAACUACUCACAUUCUGGAGAUUGGUUAAUCAGUGGAGAUCAGAUGGGAACAAUCAAGUUCUGGCAACCAAAUUUCAACAACGUGAACAUUUUACCGGGAUCACACGAAGAUUCCGUGCAGGAUCUUGUAUUUUCGCCCAAUGACUCGAAGUUUGUGAGUUGCUCUGACGAUAACACGCUCAAGAUAUGGAACUUCAACACUGCCACUGAAGAGAGAGUGUUGAAGGGCCACCAUUGGGAUGUGAAAUCGUGCGAUUGGCACGACGAGCUUGGACUAAUUGUUAGUGGAUCCAAGGACAAUUUGAUAAAACUUUGGGAUCCCAGAAAGGGAGAAAGUGUGGCCACUAUUCACGAUUUCAAGCACACCAUCACUGAGUGUAAGUUCAACAACACUGCUAACGGGUCCAAGCGAAUGCUAGCUGCCGGUUCAAGAGAUCAUUCGGCGAGAGUUUUCGAUCUACGGACUAUGAAGAGUGUCUACAACUUGAGACGUAGCUCUGAAACUGAUGCCUCUUCGUUACUAUGGAACCCAGUUAAUUCUAAUAUCAUAUCGGUUGGAGGAUAUGACGGUUCUCUCUGUACAUACUCACUGGAUAGACAUAUUUCGGAGGAAUGGUCGCAAUCCCUGCAAAACACCUCUGGCCUGGUUGCGAUGUCGAAAUCUGCAAUCUCCAUGGCACCAACCCACGAAAUGCCGUAUGCCCACGAGAAGGCAAUCCAUGCUAUGGGCUAUCAUCCUCUCGGUAAUCUCCUAUGUACGACUGGGGCUGACAGAACGGUUCGUUUCUGGGGAAGGUCUAAGCCUGGUGAUCCAACUGCUUUCAAAGAGUCAUGUUACACUGGUGAGAGUCACAACUGGCACCAGGACAACCAUAAUGGUAAUGGUGAUCGCUUUAACGGUGAUUCGAACCAGAAUAGGGUUCCUGGUCUGAGUCUCGGAGCCAAUGGAGGAUUACCUGGACUGGGUAGUAUACCAGGGUUGAGUUCGUGA